UUAGUCACAUGAAGCAGGUUUUCACCUCAGACAAGUCCGACAAGAUCAUGAAUAAGCAGCAAAGACAGAACCCGGGUCGGCAGGCCAGUGGGACAGUUACCUGGCCCCGGCAGGGCCGAACAAGUCCCCGGCCCUUUAUUCCCGUCCCCCCGGACGCGCGGCUCGCUCGCCGGCCUCCCCUCCCCGGCUCCCGACGGACCGAGGAGUCCAAGCCGACCCCCUGCCGCCCCACGCCCGUCCCCAAGUCCAGCGGCCAGGAGAGAAGGCAGCUGCCACGCGCCGGCAAGUUGGAGACUUACCUUCCCCGAAUGCGCUACACCAUCAAUGGAGCCACUCCAGACGCGGACUCCUAUUCCUGGGAGGGGGGGACACGGAGUGGGUUCCGACGAUUCGCUUCAGGACUCUUAAGAAAUUCUGAUGGGAAUGAACGUUUUCAAAAUAAGUCUACGGCCGAAGAUUAAUUAAGAAAGAGAAAAACGAAAUUCGCAGGUCGCGCUGCUUCUUUGAAAAGAAUAUAAUAAAGAGGAAAAAGCCUGGAAAGUCUCCUCAAGGAAUAAAGAAGGGACUAGAACCCCAAUCGCAGAACGAAUGUUAGGGAGAGAGCAGUGUGCACAACCCUGUGCCGUAAGUUUGAAAAAUAAAACCUUUUUUUAAAAAGAAAAUCCAAAUAUCACCUUUUUCUUUUGAGAAACCUAGUAUUCUGUCCCACUUCCCAAAAGGCUGGUAAUCACAGGGUCUGCGGUGCUGUAAGGGGAGUGAGGGGCAGGCCAAAUGCUCAUAUUCUAUUUAAUAUAAUUUAUAGGAAUGAGGGGUUUGGAAAUUUUAAUUAUGACUAGCAGUUUUUGAAAUGCAUAUCAUGUUUAUUGAGUUCUUUCACACACCCUGGCAUGAAUCCAGGGCGAAUCAUCAACCUAUUGUUGGUUUGUUAAUAUACGUAAAUGCUUAUUGGUGUUCUUAUACUGUACACUCUCCCUGAAGGAGUUCAGAUCUGUAUAUAAUGGAAUAAUUAAGGGAUAGAACACAGCGCAAAAUAAUUCACUCAUCUAUUUCAAAUAAAGUGAUAAUUUUCUCUUUGGAAUAUCUGUUCAGAUUACAAUUUCCACAUGCAGCAGUUUCUUUUAAGAAUAAUUUG